UGAGAAAAAACAAAACAAAAAAAACUAACAAUCAACAUCAUUGGUUGUUAACCACAAAUUUUCAAACAUUACAAAUAGACAUUGACCCAUAGCAAAAGCAAGAGAAUUGGGAGCACAUUUUUAUUUGUAUAUAUGGUUUUCUUGUCUCUCUUCAAUAAUUUGGCCAGUUGGUCAAUUAUGAUGUUAAUGAUAUAUAGAUUCAAUGGAGAAAACUCUCUUUCUUUCUACUGGCGAGAUAUCUAAAGAUUCAUUACAAGAUUAUAGUGAGUUCGCGCGUUUAAAUGGAUGUAUGGACGAUAAAAUGGAUGAUUGUGAUGUGAACAUAUUCGAUUCAUUCUAAGACAGCUCGUUGUUAUCAUAAAAAGGUCUACUGGCCAUGAUCGCCACUAUUAUCAUGGAUGAUGGCUAACGGUUGAUGACCAGCAUUGAUGAUGACAGUGAUGAAGUUGAUAAUGGUAUACGAUUCAAAAAUGAAAAAAUAAGAAAGGAAAAAACAAACCGCUUUUUAACAAACAAACGACGUACAAACAAAGAGAGAAAAAAUCGAGAGAAUUUUCUACUUAUACACAAACAUAAUUAUACGGAUAAAUCGUUAAGGUCUUGGGUAAUAUCGUUGAGCAUCGGGUAGUUGCUAUUGAUCAACUAACAAACAUUCUCGUCAAUCAUAAGAUUUUAUGAAAUUAUCUAGAGUGAUUAUAAUUAUCUCACUUUCAUUGAAUCGGUAUUCACCAUUCUUUAUCAAACAACAGAAUAUUCAAUUAUAAAAACGAUGAAGCUAUGUUAUCUCAAAUAUGAUGAUCGUCGUUAUAAAAACAACAAUAUAUCCACUUCACGAAUUUAUAUUCCAUACAUGAUAUUAAUAAUUUGUUGUACAUGGUUAUUAUGGCCACCAAUCGUGCAAACAGCACCGUCAAUCAAAAUUGAUAAAAACACCAUCGAAUUAUUAAAUAAUGGUUUAAAAGCCUUGGUCAGCAUUAAGCAGAUAUUAUCAACUAUACAGACAUUCAAUGAACUUCAUACAAUAUACAAAGAGCAAAAACAACAACAACAGAAUUCUAAUCAAAUUUCCAUUUCCGGCUUACCAAUCUUAUUACAUUCUCCCACUUCUCCGCCAUCAUCAGCAGUGGAAACUUUGGAUGUUAAUCCAGCAACUUUAUUAUCAAUACAACCUUUACCGCCACCUUCAAGCCGACCACGUGUAAAUUUCGUGCAAAAAUUGUUUGGAAAAAUACCAUCAAUGUUACUGUUGCCAAAUGUCAAUAAUAAAGGGAUUAAUACGAAUAAAAUUACUACAAUUCAACGCGAUCCAUCAUUGGGAUUGAUUAAAAUUGGCGAAAAGCCACCACCAGGUUUAUUUCCAGAAACAUUGCCAUAUUCGGUUUCCCAAUUUGAAUCACAAAACGAACAAUCAUCAGCAUCACCAUCACCAUUAUCUAUUAAUGAACAGGAUGCAUUCAAACAGCUAGCUUCGGCUGUUGUCAAUCAACACCAAAAACAUCAUCAUAGUUUAACUCUUGAUCACGAUUCCAAUCAUCAACAAUUAUCGACAACAGAACUCGAAGAUAAAAGAAUAACCCAGCCGAUUAAUCGUUUUCUGUAUAAUAAACCAAUAUCAUUGUCAACAAACAAAAGCCAAGAAGAGGAAGAAACAUAUGGAUAUUUUGAUCAAGAUACAUUGAUACCAUAUCAUUAUUUUAGUACAUCAUCAUUAUCAACCAUACCAACAAAACAAUCUUCAUCAUCAUCGAUAUAAAUAAAAAAAAAGAUAAACUUUAUGGCAUAUCCAGUUUAAAUAACACAUUUCGAUC